AUGCCUGGUGACAUUCCACUUGACGAUCGUGUCCCACGGCGUUUGAUGACGGCUGAACAGUCAAAGGAUGUCUUUGCCCUGGUGAAAAUGCAAAUGUCAGCAACCUCCCUGAGUCAAAAACCGCUGAAUGUUUGGCCGCAGGCCUUUAUGGGGGUGACUGAAGACUUCUGGAAUCAAAUCAACAGAACUCGACAUACUGUGCAGCAGGAUUUGGAAGCUGACCGCAAAGCUGAGUUGAAAAAAUUGGCCAGGGAGAUCUCCAAGGACUUCCCCCAUCUGAGCAGGGCUGUGAACUAUUACGAUACCUUGCUUGAUGAAUCUCGGGAAAGGCAACCUUAUGCAAAGCUGAAGUUUGUCGAUGCGGGUCCCAAUGCGGGUCAAAGGAUCGCACGUGUACAGCUUGGGGGUCGAGCCUUGCCCCCCCGGCCCCAUCCUCUUCAGGUGGUUUUCCGUCACAAUGGAGUGAUUGCAGAACAAAAUUUUGGCGAGUAUGUCAACAAGAUCUUCCAUGACAAAGCCCAGUUCCGUCAGGUGAUUGAUGACCUGGUGACAUCCAGAAACAAACAGGUGACCGACAAACCUGUCUUGACCCUUGUGCCCCAAUCCUCGCUGGCUGAAUUCUGGCUCCCAAUUUGGGCAUUCGACUAUGGCAAAGAUUCGAAGAGUGGAAUUCCCUUGGACAUCCUGGCUCUGGAUUUCUGGGUGCCCGGCUGUGUGAGCCAAGCAGAGUCGCCGAAGUAUGUGGGCAAGUCGAUUUUCAAGGAGAUCCUCAAGACCACAAACGAUACAUGCAUGGCCUACAUCCGUCGGGUCACACAGAAGCAGCACCAGCUUUGUGAAGAAGAGCACAUCUUGCUCCACAAUAUCUGCUGCCUUUGGGUUUGGCUGUUGCCAAAGAUGACUGCAGAAUUCCCGGGUGAAGUGGUGCAGAGGCAUCAGGUCUUGUUCGAAAAGGGGCUUCUAGACAAUGAUCUUGGCUCUGUGAUGAAAGCGGCCGAUGAUUUCCAGUGGGACCGCAUCAACUUCAUCCUCGAGGUGAAGGGGGAGACGGUCGAGGAUUUCAUUGCAAAAGCACAAGACCGAAGUCGAAACGCAUUGGCCACCUCCCUAUUGGCAGCCUUUGGGGCUUUCAAGGAACAACUGGCAGCAGAUCAAGUGGCAUUCGAAAGUGAAAAGAUCCUGUGUGAGCGGGAGACUGCAAAGAAACGGUCGCUCUUGGUUCGGCAGCUUGAGGACUGCCACACCAGCGCAUGGAACGCUGUGACCCGCUACAUGGAGCAAAAUCUCCAAUGCUUCAGUGGGCGUGUGGAGACUGCAGAUUCGACUGUGAUGCCGAGUGUUGCAUCUUGGGUGAUGGAAUGUCUCAACGACAUACCACAGGUUCGAGAGACCGAUGAUCAUGCCAUCUUGGGUUGGCUCCCAUUGCCCACUGCAGGGGUGAUUGGGGCUCAAAAGUGGGACUUUGUGGUAACCUUUGUCUGCAACCUCCUGGCCCAGUUCAAGAAGAAUGGAGUGGUCUUGAUAAUUCACUCCAACAGAGCAGCACAGCUGAUGCGCAGCCCAGGCACCAAACUUGAGACAAAGACGGAGGCAAAGGCUGAAGUCAAAAAGAAUGAAAGCUCUGAUGAGAAUGAUGAGGACGCCGAUGAUGAUAAAGUCGCUGCGGAGGAGGCAGACAUUCGGGAUGUCAAGUACAGACUGGAGAAAGAACUUACCCAAAAGGAUCGCAAUUUGCAGGUCUGUGGUGGCACCAGCAUCAUCCACAAGUCCCUCCAAGCCUUCUUGCCCCAAUCUGUGGCGACCACGGUGGUCAUCGACAUGCACGGCUACGAUGGAUUUCCUGCACUUGCUGCGUUGGAGGCAUGUGCUGAGGGAAAUCGCGUCUUGUGUGGCACGGUAUGCUUGGACUUCUCCCAGGAGGUUAUCCAGAGGCGCAUCGCCAACAAGGUCUUCAACGAAUGCCGAGCAGGGGUACUUAGCGUCCAAGGGUUCCCGCAGUUUGACACCUUGAUCAAGGCGCUGAAGGAGGGGAAUGUCUCGCGUGAAGGGCGAUCUUUCAAUGUGUGCGUGCAGCAGGGAGAGAAGUUGGUUGUUCUGCAGAGCUUUGCAUCAAAGUUCACAGACGCGGAUGUUACAAAAGAUGACGCGAUGAAGCUUAUCACUGAGCACAAUGAGAAGUUCAAUUCUGGCGGUGAUUUUUGGCAACAGGAACACAGGCCGGCUGAGGAAUCCAGCUCGGAGCAUCCUGCAAAGCGAUUGAAGGUGGAGCCGACCGACAUGGUGUCUGAGGCUGACAUCACAAGCCUGAAGAAACCGCACAAAUUCUCCAUCAACAACUCUGUGGAGAUGAUCUCAAACGGAGAAGGUGAUUGCCUUUUCUUGGCGGCCAAAGCAAAGAACCAGUUUCUGGCGUUGCGGGAGUUAUUUUCUUUUGGAUCUGGAGAGUGGAGGGAUGGACCAGAAGCACUGGAAUGUAUGGGCGAUGCCAGUGGCCGUUGGUUCCGGUUCCAAUGUACCAAAGAAACAGUUCUUUGUUUGGAGAAGACCGGCCUUCCUGAACAUCUCAAGCAGCUUCCAUCCUUGGAAACGCCUAUGUAUCUUCAAGCCCUGCUCAUGGAUCUCGAGGAUUCCGGAGAGGUGAAAGUCAAGCUGUCCCACCACUCAGUCACGGAUGGCAACAUCUCCUCGGAGAAACCGUUGAUCUUUCUGAUGGAUCCUGCAAAAGACGAUGAGGCGGGUGAAAGCGGCAAGAAGAAACGAAAGAAGAGCAAGAAAGCACACGAUGGCCCUUCUGCAAAAAAUUUUGGUGCCAAGCUGAGCAUGGACAAGAUCAAG